UGGAAGGAGCUUUGCACUGUGGAGAUGACAAGUAAAGAAGUUAAAUCUGCUUUAAAAAGUGCCAGAGAUGCAAUUAAAAACAAGGAGUAUAAGGAGGCUCUGAAACACUGCAAGGCUGUUUUAAAGCUUGAGAAGAACAACUAUAAUGCCUGGGUGUUUAUUGGAGUUGCAGCGAGUGAGCUGGAGCAGCCCGAGCAGGCACAGACAGCGUAUAAGAAAGCAGCAGAACUGGAACCUGAGCAGCUUCUCGCAUGGCAGGGGCUGGCAAAUCUGUAUGAAAAAAGCGACCAAGCAUGCUUUAAAGCUGAGUUGCCCAACAUCUAUCAAAAACUCAUAACAUUGUAUGAAAUUUCAGAUAAAGUCAAAUGUUUCGAAGUGAGCAAGAAGUUGGUGGACAUCUAUCAAACAGAAAAUAACUAUUUACAGGUGGCGAGGGUAUGGUUGCGACUCAUUCAGGUACGAGAGGCAGAGGAAGGAAUCGAAAACGUUGAGCUGCUUGAACUAUGGAGGGAAAUGACCCGGCUGCUCCUGGACACUGUGGAACAACAGGACAAUGAGACACAGCAACAUCUCCUGUCUGCUUUUGAAAAGGCACUUCAACUUACAGAAACUGUACCCAGUGAGGACCACAAACAACUCAUACAAGAUUACAUAAAAUGCUUGUCAAAACUUCCUCAUGAAGUGAUGAAGAUGAAGGAGAUGUGUGAUGCCAUGCUGACCCUCUACCCAAAAGACUCUUAUCCGCUUGAAGAAUUAGGACGCCAAUAUUUGCUGUCAGAUGAUUGCAGUGAGGAAGCCGUCAGGUGCUACACUCGUCUCUUGGAGAUGGACCCAGUCAGUUCACUGGCUCAUUUUGGUCUCGGUAUAAAGGCUUAUCAGGAGAAGAAGUAUGAGGAUGCUGCUAACAGCUUUGGUCUUGGGCUGAAACGGAUGAGAUCCAGCAUCAUUGGCUGGUACUACCUUGCUCAGGUUGAGCUGAAAAUGCACAGAUAUUCAGACAGUGUAACGUCCUCCAGCCAAGGACUGAAGGUGAGUACUGGCAACGCUGAGGACUGGACCCAGAAGCUGCUGAAAGUAAAACUGGAGGCUCUGGUGAGAGCUGGAACAUUGCAUAGGUCAGAUGAAGCUCUGGAGGUGCUUUCUCAGAUGCCAGAUGCCAAAAACAAUCCUGCACUGUUAGCUCUUAAAGGGAGAGCCUACUUACAAAAGGGGCAGCUCGAAGAAGCCUUGCAGGUGGCCUCUGACCUGCUGAACUCUCACGCUGGUUCUGUGGAGGUUUUAACUUUAAAAGGACUGGUACAUGCAGCUAACAAUGAGCACCAGCAGGCGGAGCAGAGUUUUACAGAAGCUCUGUCUCAGAAACCGGACAGUGGGGAGUUGUACUUCCUGCUUGGGCAGCUUUAUUGGAACAUGGGAGAGGAUACCCGAAAGGACAGGAGCAAAGCUCACACUCACCUGUUAAAGGCUGCAAAGCUGGAUGCUUAUAUGGGCUCAGUAUUCCGUUACCUGGGGCACUUCUACAGGAAGGUAUCGAAAGACCAGGGCCGAGCCAGAGGCUGCUAUAAGAGAGCUUUUGAGCUGGAUAAUACUGAUGCUGAGGCUGGAGCUGCCACUGUGGAUCUCAGCAUGGAGCAAGGAGACUUGGAUACUGCGUUAACAGUUCUGCAGUCAGUGACCGAGAAGGCGACUCCUGGUUCAGCCAAAUGGGCCUGGAUGAGAAGAGGCCUGUACCAUCUUAAAGUGGGCCAGCAUCAGGAGGCUGUUGCAGAUCUGCAGGCAGCAUUGAGGGCAGAUCCUCAGGACUGGGUGUGUUGGGAGUGUUUAGGUGAGGCUUACUUGAAUCGCCACAGCUUUACAGCAGCCCUUAAAGCUUUUGCUAAGGCCCACAUGCUGCAGCCCAGCUCCAUCUACAGCCUUUACCAAAUGGCCUCCAUUAAACAGAUACUGGGCAGGUUCAAAGAGGCAGCAGGGGAGUAUCAGCAGAUCAUAGCAUCUGAAGAUUAUGUGCCAGCACUGAAAGGCCUUGGGGAAUGUCUUUUGGCCUUGGCAAAAACAGCUAUGGAAGACUACCUGGAUGGCAAAGCGGUAGACCUGAUACAGGAAGCCAUUCAUUAUUUAUUCAGGGCAGUGCAGAGACGUGCAGAUUUGUCCUGCCUGUGGAAGCUUCUGGGUGAUGCCUGCACCCGCUGCAGUACUGUUUCUCCAAACCGAGCUAUGGUACUGGUACCUGGGUUGCUGUGUGGAGCUGAGCCUUUGGAUAAGAACCACAGACUGAAUCAGAAACAGUUACUCAGUCUCGGGGAAAGAUGCUAUGGACGUGUUCUAAAACUGAUGCCCGAUGCCCCAAGUCUGUGGUGUGAUCUGGGCCUAAACUAUCAUCACCAGGCAAGGCUGUUAAUCUCUCAGCUGGCAGACCAGAAUGCCCAACCACUGCUAGAGAAAGCCCUUCAGUGUGUUAAAAAGGCAGUCAUGCUGGAUAGUGAGAAUCACACAUACUGGAAUGCACUGGGAGUGGUGUCCAUGACUAAAGGAAUUGAAAACUUUGCCCUCGCACAGCACAGUUUCAUCAAAUCAAUCAACGCAGAGUCAAAUAAUGUUGUGGCAUGGACAAACCUGGGUACUCUGUAUUUAAAUAACAACAACAUUGAGCUUGCACACGAGGCCUUCAAGAUUGCCCAGUCACUGGAGCCUCUGUAUGUAAACUGUUGGAUCGGACAGUCUCUUAUUGCAGAGACAGUAGGAAGCUACGACACCAUGGACCUCUUCAGACACACCACAGAGCUGAACACUCAUACUGAAGGAGUGAAAGGCUAUGCCUACUGGGUUUCUUCCACUCUGCUGGACAAGAGUAACCGAGACUCGGAGCUGUACCGUUACAACAUAGUUCAGAUGAACGCUAUCUCUGCUGCUCAGGUGGCCUUAACCAAGUACACAGAGAGAAUUCAGACAGAUGCCGAAGCUUUUGUGAUGCUUGGGUUCUUUAAUGAACACCUGCAGCUGAAGAAGCAGGCCACUGAAGCCUAUAAGAGAGCUGUGGAGUUGCUCCUGAACAGCCCACACACUGAGGAACUCAACUUUGCUCUGAGAGGCUAUGCACGUGCACUCUGUGAUACAGGGCAUUGGGAGGAGGCAGUGCAGCAUUAUUCCUCCACACCACUAGAGGAGCUACAUGAUCUUACAGGAUUGGCACUAGCCUGCUUUAGAGCAGGACAGCUUCAGGAGAGCGUUAAUGCCUAUGAGAACGCUCUUAAGGUGGCGUCCACUGAGAAGCAGAAAGCCUAUAUACUAACAGCCCUGGCUUUACUGCAGCACAGACUGGGCAACAUGGACACUGCCAAAACUCUGCUUUUCAAGUGCUCUUUGCUAAAGGAGCCGGUUCCGGAGAGCUUGUUAUGUCUGUGUGCUCUUGGCUUGGUUCAUGGAGAUGCCACCCUUGCCAGUGCUGCUCUCUUAGAGCUGUUGAAGCUUGAGGGAGUGCUAGGAGAAGCUGUUGAUGAGCGCUGCCUGCUUACCUGCACUCUGCUGGCUCUAGAGGGCAACUACAGCGCCGUGCAAAGAGAGGCAUCCAGAGCUGUGUUCAGGAACCCAGGAAAUCCAUCUCUUUGGGCUCUCCUCUCCAGACUGGUGCCACAGUACUGUCCCAGAAAAGCUGAUGGAGGAGCAGUGGCAGGCAGUGUGGCAUGUCAUGCUAGCAUGACUCUAGGAAAGAGGGCGUUGCUGUACAGUGGAGUGAAUCAGCUGGCCUCAGGCAGACACUCGGGAGAAGACCAUAAGAGAAAUGCGCUAAAGACCAUCCAGAGAGCUGUGCUGCUCUGUCCAGAUGAUCCAGCUGGGUGGGCAGGGCUUAUGGCCGCAUGUCACACUGAGAACGUAGCUUGUGCUCUGUCAGGCUCCACCUCUCGAAGGGAGGGUCUAGAGAGGGUACUCCUGACCCUCGUGUCAGAAAAAGUAAAAGGCCUGCAAAGAGAAGAUGGGCUGUUGGCCCAGGCUCUGGAAGGCUGGGUGCUGCAGCAGGCUGUGACCGGACUUAAACAGAGUACUCGUUAUGAUGAAGCUGAAGCCCUCUGCUCACAGUAUCUGAGUGCCUGCCCUGAGCAUCCUGCAGUGUUCCUGUUGUUACAGCAGGUUCAGUGUGAGCGCCUCCUUCUGCCUGAUACUAAAAACGGCAUCCCUCCUGCUGUUUUAGACCAGCUUAGUGCUGCUGUUCUCGCCAACCCCACUUCAGUGUCUGGCUGGCAUUGGCUGGCUGAGGUCUACCGCUCCCAGGGUCUGCUGGCACAGGCUUCGGUGGCCCUCAGACAGAGCCUGCAGCUGGCCUCUCAGCUGGGUCACUACAGUGGAAAGAUCAGCAGCCUGCUACGACUUGCCCUGCUGUCCCUCACGCCUUGCAUGGCUGGAGCUGGAGGAGAAGAAUGGAGCAGUCUUGUUCGUGAAGCCUGCACUGAGGUGCUGAAGCUGGGUCCAUCUCCUGUGGCAUCUGUUUUCCAGGCUCUGCUCCAGUUUUCCAUCAAAAUGGGGGCCAGGGAAACCCGGCGUCUGUUGGAGAAGAUUGUUUAUGGCCCAGUCUCACGAGAGGCACAUACAGUCGUGUCUGUGGCACGUUGGUAUCUUCUACGCCACCUACAUGCCAAAGAUGACCUGGAGCUAAUAGAUACUCUGAUGGUGGAGACUGAAGCUGCAGGAGACCUCAGGUUGUUAGAGUUCCAUAAACGGCUGUAUCCCUAAACCCAGCCUCCUCUUUAUCUCAUCCACUCAGGACCAUCAGCCACCUGCCAACCAAAAACCAGUGUAGCCAGUACAUUCUCAGUACUGCCACCUUUUCUUUAUGUCUUAUCCUAUUUACAAACAUGCUUUCCUGAAUGUAGAUAUAAUACUAGGUAAUUACAUCAUCACUUCAUAGUCUUAAGGAAAUAUGUUGCUUUGUCUGGUUGAGUGCCUUUCAUAAAUGCUCUCCUGACUUUCACUAUAAUCCCAGGCAGAUCAUUUUGCCUGGUUUUAGUCUAAAAUUCUAAAAUGAACUAUAAAAUGAGUAUAACUGACAUCAAGCAGUGAUGGAUAUUGGUCGGUCCUAAAGCACUUGGCACAGCUUAGUAGAAAAGACAAAAUGCUGCUUGUGGUAUUGCAUAAAGUCGGUACACUGAGAGUUUUUGUUUAAUUAAAGUAGCUUCUGCCAAACCCUCUUUUUUACACAGCCAAUAUAGGAAAAGUGCACACUCACCAAAACUAUACAAAAUAUGAGUUCUUUCUUUCUUGCACAGCAACAAAAUCGGAUUUUGAUUUUAAUGCCAGCCAUAUGUCUUUUUUUAUUUAAGAAAGACUUGGUAUUAAAAUAUGAGUAAAAAAUCAGGCUUUCAAAACAAGAAAUGACUUUUAUUUGAAGAAUGUGUUUACCAUUUUCCGUCUCUGCUAGCCUGCUGUUAUAAAGGUAAAUACAAUA